AUGGAAGGUUCUAUUGCCUUCGUUAGAAAUUCUAGUGGCUCUGUUGCCUUUGCUGGAGGUUUUAUAUCCUUUGCAAAGGAUUCUAAUACUACAUUUGCUGAAGGUUCAGUUGCUUUUGAGGAUGAUUCUGAUACCAGAGGUUCUGUUGUUCUUGUCAGAGAAUCUGAUACUUCUAGAAAAGAAAUUGAAAAUGAAGUACAAAUUAAUGUUG